UCUUCAUCCUGGAGCAGAGCCAUAACGACAGCCAGCAUCAUGUCUAGACGCAGUGGUCGCCUCACAUUGCAAGCCAGGGAUGAGAACAAGCCCGAGCUGGCAGUCAGAGCCACGUCGAGGAAGAGAAAAUCUGAGCCUUCUAAGAAGAAACUGCAACCUGCUGCCAAGAAACAAAGCUAUGAAAUCCAGAAGUGCUGGUCGGAGGACGGCGCCAGUCCCUGCGUCCUCAUCGAAACUCCUCACAAAGAGCUGGAGCCCACAGAUCUGUCCAGCUUCAAGCAGUACACCUUCAAGAACCUCUUCAUCAAGCCCUCGCCCAUCCCCUGCCUCAGCUGGGCCAGUUCAGACGACGUCUGGAUCAAGAUGCUGAACAAGGAGCUGAAGUACGUUCACGACAAGAGCUACCUGCAGCAGCACUCCAAGAUUCAGCCCAAGAUGAGAGCCAUCCUGCUGGACUGGCUGUUCGAGGUGAGCGAGGUGUACUGCCUGCACCGGCAGACGGCCUACCUGGCUCAGGACUACUUUGACCGCUUCAUGCUGACUCAGGAGAACGUCAACAAGGACUACCUGCAGCUGAUCGGCAUCACCGCGCUCUUCAUCGCCUCCAAGGCAGAGGAGAUCUACCCGCCUAAAAUCCAAGAGUUCGCCUACGUCACCGACGGAGCCUGCGACAUAUGGGACAUCCAGCGCACAGAGCUCAUCAUACUGAAGGCGCUGGAGUGGAACCUCUGCCCCGAGACCCCCGUGUCCUGGCUGAAGCUGUACGCUCAGGUCCAGGCCCAGCGGGACGGAGACAACUUCCUGGUGCCCCAGUUCUCCCAGGACACCUACAUCCAGAUCACACAGCUGUUGGACCUGUGUGUGAUGGACAUCAACUCGCUGGAUUACUCCUACAGCGUUCUGGCCGCCGCCGCCUUCUGCCACUUCUCCUCCUUCGAAGUCGUCCACCAAGUCUCAGGCCUGACGUGGGAGAGCGUGGCCCCCUGUGUGCGGUGGAUGAGUCCCUUCAUGGAGACGCUGCGGCGCCGACCCAAAGCUCAGCUCAAGAACUUCUCCAAAGUGAAGGCGGACGACCGACACAACAUCCAGACUCACGUGGAUUAUCUGGAGCUGCUGCGAGAGGCUCAGGAGCGGCAGAUCGACAGUCCCGACUGCCAGCUGUCGCCCGUCGCCGUGGGAGCCGUCCUGACUCCGCCCAGCAGCACGGAGAAACCGACCAAUCCCUGAGCUUCGCCGGCGCGCCGCUGCUCUACCUCUCCUCACCGUUUUGACCAAUGAAAUGAGCAGCUGAGCUCCGGGGGCCAGCCGGACAAACUUCUGCUGGACGGCAACUUUUUUUUAUGUAGCACGUUCUGAAAUUUUUAUUUAGAUUUUUACACUAAAUUGGGUAUCACUGGAUACGCAUUAACUCCACCCGUUCCCA